AUGGUCACAAAUGUGGAGAAAUCAGAACCCUUGUGUCCCGCUGAAGACAAGACAGUGAGUGGCUGUAUACACAGUACCCAGGACAAAGCUCUCUACUUGGAAGGGGAUCCCAAUCCUUCUGCAGCCCCAACAUCCAUAGCACCUAAGAAAAUGCCCAAAAGUAUUUCAAUAUCCAAACAACUGGCUUCAAUAAAAGCUCUGAGGAAGUGCUCAGAUCUGGAAAAAGCCAUUGCCACCACUGUUCUGAUUUUCAGAAACUCUUCUGACUCUCAUGGUAAACUUGAAAAAGCUACUGCCAAAAAUUUGCUGCAAACCCAAUUUAGGAAUUUCACAGAGGGACAAGAAACCAAGCCAAAAUACAGAGACAUCCUUUCUGAACUUGAUGAGCACACAGAAGAUAAGCUAGAUUUUGAAGACUUCAUGAUCUUUCUCUUAAGCAUCACUCUAAUGUCAGAUCUGUUACAAAAUAUAUGGAGUAUAAAAAUUAUGAAAUAAACAGUUUUAAAUAUGUUGUAUAAAAUAA